CAUUUCCAACCUCUUCUAUCGCCUUUCCAGUCAUUCCGUCCCCCACCGUCGGCCUCGUCGCUGCCAAUUCCCUCUUGUCCCUGCCCAUUUACAUCCAAUCGGCUGAUUCCUCCUCUUCAUCUUCUUCCUCUUCCUCCUCUUCAUUCUCCUUCUCCUCCUCCCCCUCCUCUUCCUCCUCUUCCUCUUCCUCUUCCUCUUCCUCUUCCUCCUCUUCCUCUUCCUCUUCCUCCUUCUCAUCCCACACUUCCACGUCGUCUCUUUCGCCGGACCCUUCUCUGACGACGUCUCUCUCCGGUUUCCCGUUCGCCUCGUCCGAACGCGCCCUCACCGAUCCGGCCAGCCCCAGCCCCAGCCCCAUUCUCAGUCUCAGACAGACCGGAUUCGUCGGUCUGCCAGACCUGCACGACGCCGUCCAGCCGGUGGCGCCAUUUUUGGCCAAGACAAUAGACGCUCUGGAGCAGAUGAAUGCCAGAGCGGUGAUGGUGACCGGGGCGCCGCCGAAUGCGAGUCAAGAAGAGCUCGCCUCUCUUUUUGCCUCAAUCAGCCAUCUUCUUAUGGGCGACUAUGUAGAACGCUACGAACUCGUCAAAGAGACAAAGCUCACUGAUGAUGUCGACUACGAUGCCGGCGAAACGUUUGAGAAUGUAUCAAGUCCCCUGUCUGAUGCUGGGAAUCUUGACAACUACUAUGGAGACGACUUCGGACUAGGUGAGUUCUACAUAGUCCCCCUAUUAACAAGAUUAUAG